AUGGGAAAGUUUUACAUCGCUUACCGGAUGAAGCGUCAAGGCAUCUACUACCAUAUCAUACAAGUGCAAAGCGCCCUUCAGGCUCAGCUUGAGACCCCGCAGCAUCUGACAUACGUCAAUCGAUACAACGAAUGCCUGGAACUUUUGCGGGAAUGCUUUCCGGAAGCCGACCUCCAGCCGCUCCAUCUUCAGCCUUGCGAGGCUCCGGAAGCGGUUCAAGAGCUCGCCCACCGAAUGCUGAGCGCGGCUCUCCAGACGCCCGAGGAUUGUGCAAAGUUUAGGGAGAUUUGCGCAAAGACCCGGGGGAAGCGGACACGGCGAUCGCCAAUACCGUGGGUGCUUCAGAACGGCAUCACGGUACGGCAGCAGCAGAAACAGCAGGGGGGAAACGGCUCCCGGCGGGCUCGGAAGCGGCAGAACGUCGGCAAUGGCCAAGAGCAGGCUGACGGCGCAACCGCCGCUGAGCCAGACGCCGGCGUGUCGGACCGGCAGGAUGGCGUCUGCUGCUCUAUCCGGGACCAGUGGGUCGCGGUCGCCGCCGCGGACGCCGCCACUGGCGCAGCUGCUGCUGCUGCCUCCCAGCGCAAGCAGAAGCAGCAGCAGCAGCAGGACUCGUCGCGGCUACAGCGCGAGCCGCAGCAUCCUCUUGUUGCCGCGGAAAGGGCGCCUUCAUCCGCCCGACAGCGGACCACCCGCGAUGCCGCGUACAAUGAGGAAGAGGAGGCGGCGGAGGAGGAGGAGGCGGAGGAGGAGGAAGAAGAAGAGGAGGAGGAGGAAGAAGAGGAAGAGGUGGAGCGGCGGCGGCAGCAGCAGCAGCAGAGGCACCGUGGCGCCGCCGCCGCCGCCGCCGCCGCAGCAGCAGCAGCAGUAGCCGGCGCAGGCGCUGCGUCAGGUCGCGGUGCUCGGCGGAGGGCCGAGCGCGGCGAGGGCGAGGGCGCCUCCCCGUCAGCGACCCCGAUGGAGAAGGGCGACCCGCGGCAGCCCGGCGGACUGGUUUCUCCCGUUGUCCAGAAACAAGGCAGGAAGGGGCCAGGCAGCGGCCAACCUUUCUCUUUCUCUGCCUUCAAACAGGAUCAAGAUUUCUUCCUCACCCACCGGUCUUCAUCUCCACGCAUGUUCAAAACCUCCAUUAUUGCCCCUUCCACGCCCCUAACCCCUCAAAACCGCCGACUGCGCCGCGCCGCGGGGGACGACGAUGCGCCCCACGACGGCGACGCCGCCGGCCAUGCGCGCAACAAUAACAACAACAACAACAACAAUAACAAUGACAACAAUAACGGCGGCAACCGGCGGAACGCUGAAUCCGACUCUACAUCGGAUCCAAAUCCGCUUUUGAAGCGGUUGGAGAAGUUGCGAGCCCAGCGGACCGCCAUCCGAGGGCGCACGUACCAUGAGGCGCAUCAGCAUUAG